CCUCCUCCCUCCGUCCUGGGCUGUAAAUCCGGCGAAGGAGGGCAGACGGCAGCCUCUCCUUGGUGCUCACCGGCCACCCUGACCCCGGCUCCCCGUCGAUGGUGACAGGCCGGCCGGCGACAUGAGGCUGGCUCACGCUCUGCUCCCCCUGCUGCUGCAGGCCUGCUGGGGGGCCGCGCAGGACAUGCCCGCAGCGAGGGCCAACGCCUUCCAAGACUGCCCCGUGGACCUGUUCUUCGUCCUGGACACCUCCGAGAGCGUGGCCUUGAGGCUGAAGCCGUACGGGGCCCUGGUGGACAAGGUCAAGGCCUUCACCAAGCGCUUCAUCGACAACCUGAGGGACAGGUACUACCGCUGCGACCGCAGCCUGGUGUGGAACGCGGGCGCGCUGCACUACAGCGACGAGGUGGAGAUCAUCCGCGGCCUCACCCGCAUGCCCGACGGCCGCGACGCGCUCAAGGCCAGUGUGGACGCCGUCAAGUACUUCGGCAAAGGCACCUACACCGACUGCGCCAUCAAGCGCGGCCUGGAGGAGCUGCUGGUGGGGGGCUCCCACCUGAAGGAGAACAAGUACCUGAUCGUGGUGACGGACGGGCACCCCCUGGAGGGCUACAAGGAGCCGUGCGGGGGCCUGGAAGACGCCGUCAAUGAGGCCAAGCACCUGGGCAUCAAAGUCUUCUCUGUGGCCAUAACGCCUGAUCACCUGGAGCCCCGGCUGAGCAUCAUCGCCACGGACCACACGUACCGGCGCAACUUCACGGCCGCCGACUGGGGCCAGAGCCGCGACGCGGAGGCGGUCAUCAGCCAGACCAUAGACACCAUCGCCGACAUGAUCAAAAACAAUGUGGAGCAAGUGUGCUGCUCCUUCGAGUGCCAGCCUGCCAGAGGACCUCCCGGGCCCCCCGGCGACCCCGGCUACGAGGGAGAGCGAGGGAAGCCAGGCCUCCCGGGAGAGAAGGGAGACGCCGGAGACCCCGGAAAGCCUGGGGACCUCGGCCCUGUCGGCUACCAAGGCAUGAAGGGAGAAAAAGGAAGUCGUGGGGAGAAGGGCUCCCGAGGACCCAAGGGCUACAAGGGGGAGAAGGGCUUGCGAGGCAUCGAUGGUGUGGACGGCAUGAAGGGGGAAACGGGGUACCCAGGUCUGCCCGGCUGCAAGGGCUCACCCGGAUUCGAUGGCAUUCAAGGCCUUCCUGGGCCCAAGGGCGACCCUGGCCCGUUUGGACUGAAAGGAGAAAAGGGCCAACCAGGAGCGGAUGGGGAGCCGGGCAGACAGGGCAGCACGGGGCCCCCCGGUGAGGAGGGCCAGCCCGGAGAGCCCGGCCCCCCUGGGGAGAAAGGAGAAGCCGGGGACGAGGGGGUCCCGGGACCCGACGGCGCCCCCGGAGAGAAGGGUGGUCCUGGAGAAAGAGGCCCGCGGGGGACCCCCGGCGUGCGGGGCCCCAGAGGCGACCCGGGUGAAGCUGGACCCCAAGGGGACCAGGGCAGGGAAGGCCCCAUUGGCGUUCCCGGAGACCCGGGCGAGGCUGGCCCCAUCGGACCUAAAGGAUACCGGGGUGACGAGGGCCCCUCGGGGCCUGAGGGUACCAGAGGCGCCCCUGGACCCGCAGGGCCCCCCGGUGACCCCGGGCUGAUGGGCGAGAGGGGUGAAGACGGCCCCCCUGGAAAUGGCACCGACGGCUUCCCUGGCUUCCCUGGGUAUCCAGGCAACAGGGGCCCGCCCGGGACAAAUGGCACAAAAGGCUACCCUGGCCUCAAGGGGGAUGAGGGCGACGCUGGGGAUCCUGGAGAGGAUAACAACGACAUCUCCCCACGUGGCGCCAAAGGAGCCAAGGGCUACCAGGGCCCUGAGGGCCCCCAGGGACCCCCAGGACGCAUGGGACCCCCGGGACCAGACGAGUGUGAGAUCUUGGACAUCAUAAUGAAGAUGUGCUCUUGCUGUGAGUGCAAGUGUGGCCCUGUUGACCUCCUCUUCGUGCUGGACAGCUCCGAGAGCAUCGGCCUGCAGAACUUCGAGAUCGCCAAGGACUUCAUCGUCAAGGUCAUCGACCGGCUGAGCCGGGACGAGCUGGUCAAGUUCGAGCCGGGACAGUCGCACGCGGGCGUGGUGCAGUACAGCCACAACCAGAUGCAGGAGCACGUGGACCUCAGGGACCCCAACAUCAGGAAUGCUCAGGAGCUGAAGGAAGCCAUCAAGAAGCUGCGGUGGAUGGCGGGGGGCACAUUCACUGGGGAGGCCCUGCAGUACACCCGUGACCAGCUGCUGCCGCCCACGGCCAAUGACCGGAUAGCGCUGGUCAUCACAGACGGGCGCUCGGACACCCAGAGGGACACCACGCCCCUCAACGUGCUCUGCGGCGCUGACGUCCAGGUGUUCUCCGUGGGCAUCAAGGACGUGUUCGGCUUCUCUGCUGGCUCUGACCAGCUCAACGUCAUCUCCUGCCAAGGCCUGUCACCCCAGGGCCGGCCCGGCAUCUCGCUGGUCAAGGAGAACUACGCGCAGCUGCUGGAGGACGCCUUCCUGAAGAACGUCACGGCCGAGAUCUGCAUAAAUAAGAAAUGUCCGGACUACACCUGCCCGAUCACCUUCACCUCCCCAGCCGACAUCACCAUCCUGCUGGACGGCUCGGCCAGCGUGGGCAGCCACAACUUCGACACCACCAAGCGCUUCGCCAAGCGGCUGGCUGAGCGCUUCCUGACAGCGGGCAAGACGGACCCCAGCCACGACGUGCGCGUCGCUGUGGUGCAGUACAGCGGCACUGGGCAGCAGCAGCCCGAGCGGGCGGCACUGCAGUUCCUGCAGAACUACACGGUGCUGGCCAGCUCCGUCGACGCCCUGGACUUCCUCAACGAGGCCACCGACGUCAACGAUGCCCUGCGCUACGUCACCCGCUUCUACCGCGAGGCCUCGUCGGGCGCCGCCAAGAAGAGGGUGCUGCUGUUCUCGGACGGCAACUCGCAGGGCGCCACACCCGAGGCCAUCGAGAAGGCCGUGCAGGAGGCCCAGCAGGCGGGCAUCGAGCUCUUCGUGGUGGUGGUGGGCCGGCAGGUGAACGAGCCCCACAUCCGCGUCCUGGUCACCGGCAAGGCGGCAGAGUACGACGUGGCCUUCGGCGAGCGGCACCUGUUCCGCGUGCCCGACUACCCGGCACUGCUGCGUGGUGUCUUCUACCAGACCGUCUCCAGAAAGGUGGCGCUGGGCUAACCUGGGCCAACCCGGGCCAACCUGGGCCAGCGUGGGCUAACCUGGACUAACCUGGGCCAGCCUGGGCCAACCUGGGCCAGCCUGGGCUAACCUGGGCCAGGGUGCCUGGCAACUGGGCCCCUCCCCUGCUCCCCCAGUGCUCUAAAGAAGUAAAGAUGUGACGGGAACUUUCCCAAUCCCCCCAUUAGGUUUUUUAUAAAGAAAAGCUUGAAACACUGCGACACGCAGACCUGGGUCCUGUGCGCUGAGCCCCCGCCUGCCCUUCCCAGGGGCGCUGUGCUCCGGCCUCCCGCGCUGGCCGCCACUCCCGCCCCGUUUGCCUACUUUAGGGCCGACCCAGCAGCCGGCUCAGAACCCCCAUGGCUGCGUUCUCCUUCCUCAGAGGCCGGCCGCUGACCUGGCUUCCUCCUUUAAGUCGCUUACCCUGGAACCACCACCCGCUGUGCUGGCUGCUUCCUGUGAGGCUGGCUUCUGUGUCAUUUGGGGGAAGCCAAGCCCUUCAGGACUUUUAAACACCAGCCUGGGGCUGGGAGGUCCGCAACCCCGGCCCUGCUCCUCCCCGGCGGGUCCAUGCUGACCGGCAUCAACACCGCAUCCCCUCAGACCCCCAGAGAAAAGGUGCUAACCCUGCCUUGCGCCCCUACAGACCUGGGCUCGGACUGGACGCUCCAGUCCCCACCGCCGUGUGAAGGGGUGUUUGUCAAAACCGUUCAAAGCUCCUUCUCCUCAAGAUAGCAAUUCGGUCUGCAUCCUAAUGAAGGUCUGCUCCACCGGUUAGGUUUAUUUCCACUCCUGCCCGGGUUUUUCUCAGCUACGUCUGUGUCAGUGAUUUUACCAAAUAAAAUUUUCCACUUUGUUAUCCUC